AUGUCGACCACAGUGGAAAAGAUCAAGGAGGUCGAGCUCGAAAUGGCUCGCACCCAAAAGAACAAGGCCACCUCGUACCAUCUCGGUCAGCUCAAAGCCAAGCUCGCCAAACUCAAACGCGAGCUUCUCACCCCCUCGGGCGGCGGCGGCGGUGGCGGCGCCGGCUUCGACGUCGCUCGCACCGGUGUCGCCUCCAUCGGCUUCAUCGGCUUCCCCUCGGUCGGCAAAUCAACCCUCAUGUCCCAUCUCACCGGCCAGCACUCGGAAGCGGCCGCCUACGAGUUCACAACUUUGACCUCGGUCCCGGGUCAGGUGGUGUACAAUGGUGCGCCGCUGCAGAUGAUUGAUUUGCCUGGUAUCAUCGAGGGUGCCAAGGACGGUCGUGGUAGAGGUCGCCAGGUUAUUGCCGUGGCGAAGACGUGCAACUUGAUCUUUAUUGUGCUGGAUGUGAACAAGCCGUUGACGGACAAGAGGGUAAUUGAGGCGGAGUUGGAAGGGUUUGGGAUCAGGAUCAACAAGGAGCCGCCGAAUAUCACGUUCAAGAAGAAGGAUAAGGGUGGACUGAAUAUCACGAGCACGGUGCCGUUGACUCAUAUCGAUAACGAUGAGAUCAGGGCUGUGAUGAGCGAGUACAAGAUCAGCUCGGCUGAUAUUGCUAUCCGCUGCGAUGCCACCAUCGACGAUUUGAUCGAUAUUCUCGAGGCCAAGAGCAGAAGUUACAUUCCUGUCAUUUACGUGCUCAACAAGAUCGACAGCAUCAGCAUUGAGGAGUUGGACCUGCUGUACCGGAUUCCCAACUCUGUGCCCAUCAGCUCGGAGCACGGGUGGAAUAUUGAUGAGCUGAUGGAGGCUGCCUGGGAAAAACUCAAGCUCGUCCGCGUCUACACCAAGCCCAAGGGCCGCAUGCCCGACUACGACGCGCCGGUUGUGCUCCGGUCCAACAAGUGCACCGUGGAGGAUUUCUGCAACACGAUCCACAAGAGCAUCUUGGAGCAGUUCAAGGUGGCGAUUGUGUACGGCAAGUCGGUGAAGCACCAGCCGCAAAGGGUGGGGUUGUCGCACGAGUUGGCGGAUGAGGAUAUUGUUACUAUUAUCAAGCGGUAAAGUAGCCCUUCGCAAGCGCUAUCAGCUUCGAGCCGGCUCUGUUUUUUGGCAGAACGAACGGGCUCAUGGGACGCCGCGGAGUUGGGGUAUGAUGGGGGGUUCUAGAACUCGGCAGGGAGGGCUGAAGAAGCGACAAUGCCACAAGGGAGAGAUGAUAGCUGCUAUGUUCAGUUUGCGUCUGCGGCUGGCUUGUAUCCCUUGCAGAGAGAGAGAGAGAGAGAGAGAGAGAUGGCAAACAAACCCAACCCAGGCACGUGGAGGGGGGAGGAAUGGUUGUGAAUGAGAUAAGGGAGGGGACAUGGGACUUUUUAGCGGCGUUUUGGGGGUACAGAAGGUACUUAGCUGUACCGGCAAAAGAUAUGGAAUUGGGAAAAACGAGAAUGACCUUUUGGAGCUAGAAGUGGGGAUAUGAGCUGGAGGAUGUUAUAUAUCAUGUACUUUUUGUGUGUAUAUGAAACGUUGAUAAUACCUACCUUGCUUGCUUCAGAAGCAUAUCAACUUGACGGCUGAAAUCAGUCAUCACCAAGAAGCACAUGAACAACAAAAAUUGACAGCCGAAGACCUUGUUUCGGUCGAUGUCUUACACUCA